AUGUCUGACGAAAGAACCUUUAUUGCCAUUAAGCCAGACGGCGUCCAGAGAGGCUUGAUCAACAAGAUCCUCGGUAGAUUCGAGAACAGAGGCUUCAAGUUGGUCGGUAUCAAGUUGUACCAGCCAACCGAGUCCUUGUUGAGAGAGCACUACGACGACUUGCAGUCCAAGCCUUUCUUCCCAUCUUUGUUGUCCUACAUGUUGUCUGGUCCAGUUGUGGCCAUGGUCUGGGAAGGUAAGGACGUUGUCAAGCAGGGUAGAGCCAUCUUGGGUGCUACCAACCCAUUGGAGUCCCUCCCAGGUACCAUCAGAGGUGACUACGCCAUUGACAUGGGUAGAAACGUUUGCCACGGUUCUGACUCUGUUGAGUCUGCCCAGAAGGAGAUUGGCUUGUGGUUCAAGAAGGAGGAGUUGGUUGAGUACAAGCCAGCUUUGUUCUCUUGGAUCUACGAGUAA